ACCAUCUUUGAGAGGGAGGAGGCUGCUGCACUCUAAGGCCUUCGUGGACCUGCAACUCAGAGUUCUCCAUUUCACCAGCAUUGAACCACACAGAAGGUUCACAAAGAUGGAUACAAAGAACCCAAAGACACUGUUCGAUCUCGCUAUACAGAGUCUGCUGAGAAAUGAGUCUAUAGCAAUCCAAGCUCUGGAGGAUAUGCCAAGACUCUUUUUUGUUCCACUGUUCAUUGCUGCCUUCGAGGGCGGGCAUAAAAAUAUAUUGUGUGAGAUGGUGAAAGUGUGGCCCUAUUACUGUCUCCACAUUGGGUCAUUAACUGUACAGGAGCCUCAACAUGAACUCCUGAAAGCCAUGAUUGAGAAUCUUCCAGUGCGUCCUUCAAGGAACUCUGCUUCUAGGAGACCUAAACUGAGGAUCCUAGAUUUAAGGCAAGACAACGACUGUAGGACCAUAUGCCAUGAAGUCAGCAUCAAGGAACCUUUCUGUUUUCAUUCUUGUGCUUAUUCUGACAGCUCUAUCCUGAAAAUAGAAGGGCAGCAUGGUUUCAUAAAUCCAGAGUCCAUGGUUCAGUUCCCCAGGCCUAUAGAGUUACUAGUGGACCUUUCCCUAGAUGGCUCCUUAGUGGAAAAGGAAUUUAUGGUUUUUCUUACAAGUAAAAUUAGGGAGAGUUCAGGGUCUUUGCACAUAUGCUGUCGAGAUUUGCAAGUUGAUAAACUGUGUGACAGCAAAUGCACACUGAGACUUCUUGAUCUCAACUGUGUUGAUCAGUUGUCAAUUGAUAAGGGUUCGCUGAGUGAUAUCACCAAUGUCCUGUCUCAGAUGGACCACCUAGAGAGCCUCAGUCUGUCUAAAGUCACUUUUAGAUCUCUGGGUGGGAAAGUCUUUAAAAAUUUCCUAGGUCACUUGCAACGUAUGAACAGCCUUAAGGAAGUCAGCUUGUCUUCAUUCUGUCUCACGGGUCAUCUGGACAGAGUGCUCAGAGUCCUGCCACCUGGUCUGGAUUUCUUGUAUCUGACAUUCUGUGAUCUUUCGUACAGAGACUUCAGAUUUCUGGCCCAGUGCCCUCAGGCCUCCCGACUAAAGCUGUUGAAUCUUAGCAACAACCCAAUGUAUUGGGAUGACUUUGAGCCUUUUCAAACUCUUCUGGUAAAUCUCUCUGGUACUCUUUGCCAUCUAGAGAUAAAUCAUUGCCUUAUAAAUGAUACUGCAAUCUCUGUUCUUAUCCCUGCUCUGAUUCGUUGUACUCAUCUCCGUGUUCUGUGCUUUGCUUCUAACCCCAUCACAAUGCCUAUGCUUGUGACUAUCAUGAAUAAUUUAACACCCUUGAAGAAUCUAAAAUAUGUGAUUUAUCCCAUCCCUGUACAUUGCUAUGAACUGUGGCCUUUUCAGGGCAGUUUAGACCGAAGGAAGCUUGCUAUUGUACAACUACAGUUGAAGGUGAUGCUAGAGCUUGCAGAGAGGACUGACAUGAACUGGAUCACUUACUUAGAAUAAAUUUCACAAUCCAACACAGUUUCAACCCGAUAUGUACUAUUUAAGUACUAAAUGUUAUUUCCUGGACCCAUACACACAACAGGUUCUUUACAUUGUAGAAAAUUACACUUAGGGAAUAUAGGUAUGUAACUGAUUCCUACACAGAAUAUUUUAGAAAAGAUGGAGGAUUUUGAGAGUUCCUGUGUAUCACUGGUCUACUAUUGAUAUAUUUCAUUUUACUGACCAGAGUGAUGUGUAUUGCGUAUAAUACAGGAUGAUCAAGUCCUAGUUUCCUCUGUCUGUGCCCAUACUGUUUGGUUCGCUUGUUGGUACAUCACACAAAUCAGAACAGUGACAGACUUUCCUGCCUAUAAUUGUGAAAGGGGCAGUGGUUUUUGAAGACAAUGUUUUCAUCCCCUAAAUUACUUCAGGCUGGUUUUGGUUACUUUUGGAAAUCCAUCAGGAUUCAAUAGUGGGGCCAGGAAAGAAAGACAGCAGAGGCUUUGAGGUUUCAAUAGAACCUUCAAGAACAUAAUUAUAAUAUUUCCUUGAUGUAGGCCUGCCCUAAAGUUUCCACUACUUCCCAUGAAGUUCUCAGCUGGAUAUCCAGCCUUUGCCACAUGAAUUUUUAGGUGGGAUUUAGGGUCCUUCCCAUAAUAUUCCCCCUACUUCCUUUAGUUCUCUUACUCUACUCCCAAUUCCUUUAAUCCUGUCAUUUCCUUAGCUGUAUAAAUCAUUCCAUGUAUAUAUGAUUCUUUUUCCACUAGCUGUGCCCCAUUUGGUAUGAUACAUACUAGCCAUGUGUGAGUACUGAGUCCAGCUUAUUUUAUAUUCCAGAACAUAACAUAAUUACAGAUUCAGUUUGCAUAUCCUAGACUUUCUUAGAAAUGAUGUGUGUAAAGUCUAUAGUUAAUAAUUUACACAGGGCUAAGGAAAUGCCUCAG